UACUGCAAUUCAGCUGCCAUCCCAGCCAUCAGAACUGUGUCCUGGGUUUCAUGUUACAGGUUAUCUGCUUGAAGAAACACAGCAGUCCUGACCAUGUGAGUCAGCUUUGAAAACUGCCCCGCUAUUGCUAGGGACACAGCAGGAUUCCAGCCAAGACUUGCCUGCAAUUUUCUGCCAAAGUCUGUGUCCGAUUUAAGACACAUGCUCCUGCGCGCUUCCUUGAAGAUUGUGAAAACGUUUUAAUCCAUAGUUAGAUUCCAGCCUGCUGUGGCUGCCAGUGUCGGUCACACCACCUCCUUUUAUAAAGCGGCCACAACCUAGGGCAUAGGGUGGGGAUUUUUUUCUUUCAACUUUAUGGACAUGAAAUGACUGUGGAGUAUUUUCUAGCUUAAAGUAGAAGACAUGGCCACCUCCUGAUUAUUUUUGCAGCAGGAAUCUUUACAAUUUUUUUUUUUAUCUUUCUCCCAUACUAAGAUUGUGUGUGGCAGGGGGUGUCCCUUGGCUAACUCAAGUCAUUUCAUUGGAUUUUGAUUACAACUGAUCAUGUGAUUUUGCAUGUAAAGUUUCGGGGUUUCGAACUUUGCUUCUGGAGAAUGUCUUGCAAUACUUUUCAGUAGCUGCCUGGUAUUAACCGCUUAGUCAUCAGUGGACAUUUAAAAUAUUCAAAAUGUAUAAAGAGUGGGCAGUGGUGAAUAUUCUCAUGAUGUCCUACGUGUACCUGGUGCAGGGCUUCAAUAGUGAACAUGGACCAGUGAAGGAUUUGUCUUUUAAGCGAUCAUCCCAGUCAGUGUUGGAACGAUCUGAACAACAGAUCAGAGCUGCUUCUAGUUUGGAGGAGCUUCUGCGUAUCGCACACUCUGAAGACUGGAAGCUGUGGAGAUGCCGGCUGAAGCUCAAAAGUCUUGCCAGUAUGGACUCGCGCUCGACAUCCCAUCGCUCCACCAGAUUUGCGGCAACUUUCUAUGAUACUGAAACGCUAAAAGUUAUAGAUGAGGAAUGGCAGAGAACCCAGUGCAGCCCUAGAGAGACAUGUGUAGAAGUCGCCAGUGAGCUGGGAAAGACAACCAACACGUUCUUCAAGCCCCCCUGUGUGAACGUGUUCCGGUGUGGAGGCUGCUGCAAUGAAGAGAGCGUGAUGUGUAUGAACACAAGCACCUCCUACAUCUCCAAACAGCUCUUUGAGAUAUCAGUGCCUCUGACAUCAGUGCCUGAGUUAGUGCCUGUUAAAAUUGCCAACCAUACAGGCUGUAAGUGCUUGCCCACGGGCCCCCGCCAUCCCUACUCAAUUAUCAGAAGAUCCAUUCAGAUCCCAGAAGAAGAUCAAUGUUCUCAUUCCAAGAAACUCUGUCCUGUUGACAUGCUGUGGGAUAACACCAAAUGUGAAUGUGUUUUACAAGAUGAGAGUCCACUCCCUGGAACAGAAGACCUUUCUUACCUCCAGGAACCAGUUCUCUGUGGACCACACAUGAAGUUUGAUGAAGAUCGUUGUGAGUGUGUCUGCAAAACAUCGUGUGCUGGUGAUCUCAUUCAGCACCCAGAAAACUGCAGUUGCUUUGAAUGCAAAGAAAAUCUGGAGAGCUGCUGCCAAAAGCACAAGAUUUUUCACCCAGAAACCUGCAGCUGUGAGGACAGAUGUCCUUUUCAUACCAGAACAUGUGCAAAUAGAAAGACAUCCUAUGGAAAGCACUGGCGCUUUCCAAAGGAGAGAAGGGCCCAGGGACUCCACAGUCAGGAGAAUCCUUGAUUCAGCUUUCUCCCAAGUUCCCCACCCCCGUCAUUUUAAACAGCAGGCUGCUUUGGCUAGUUGCUCUCACUGGUGCCCAACCCCCAGGUGUUAGAGAAAUUGAUUUUCUCUCUUGAAAUCAAUUUGUGGAUUUGGUGAAUCCACAUUUCCAUGCAAUAGCUGCUGGGUGAUUCUCUGGGUCCCUGACAGAUUACUUCUAGCUUCAGAUGCCUCUGCAUACCAGUGCUCAGAGAGGAAGGGGUCUGGGGGAGCCCAUUGUUUUGAUGAAUGGGCAAGGGUUGCCUGCCAUCGACUAGCAGGUGCCAUGUGAUUGAUCACUCAGACUGGUAUGUCCGAGUGCAGUGCUUAUGAAUUAUUCUGUUUUUUUCUUAUGUGGAAUUUCAUUUGUAUGAUCCGCACUGAUGUAAUUCCUGUUCAGCUUGUACUUUUCAAGUUUCCUGAACC